AUGCCAACAACUCAGAUGUGGCAAGAAGUGGCCAAAGGUUUUGAGCAGAAGUGGAACUUCCCCCACUGUUUUGGCGAAGUGGAUGGGAAGCAUCUCCAGAUUCAGGCAUUACCACAUUCUGGCAGCAUGUACUACAGCUACAAGAGUACAUACUCUAUUGUACUGAUGCCUUUCGUUGAGAACGACCUAAGGUUUGUGUCCGUGGACGUUGGAGCCUAUGGACGACAAAGUGAUGUCGGUACACUCCAUGCCUCGCGGUUUGGGAAGUGCCUCGAAGAAGGUCCGUCUCAGCCUGCCCUCUCGAUAGCAUCUCCCAAACACGUCGACUGUGGCGCCACAUGUAUUCAGCGGGAACGAGGCGUUUACACUCCGCCCGGACUUUCUGCGGCAAUACCGGGGAAAAACCAAGACGAAGAGAAAAUAAUCUUCAAUUACCGUCUGAGCCGAGCAAGGUUCCGAAUUUUCCUCCGCACUAUCAACGUGCAGCCAGAAAGUGCAGACUAUGUUGUAAUAACGACCUGCGUCCUCCACAACUUCCUCAGGGAGGACUCAAUCUACAUGUCACAAAGCUGCGUAGAUAGCGAAAAUGCCUACGGCACUGUCAAGGAGGGCCAGUGGCGCGAGAUCCUUAAGGAUGAGGGCUCGGCCAUGUUUGUCCUGAAGCCCCCUGUUGGCCACAAC